AGCGCGCGUGUAGGGGUAUGUGGAGCUGAUCAGCGCGCCCCGAGAUGGCGAAGCGAAGCCCGAUUCCGUCCGGAUGUUACGGUGAACCACGCAAGUACGACCCGACAUUCAGAGGACCGGUCCAUAACAGAGGCUGUACGGAUGUGCUGUGCUGCGUUCUCUUCACCGCUGUUAUUUUCGGUUACGUUGCCCUUGGCACAGUGGCUUGGAUUCACGGCGACCCCAGGAAAGUCAUCCAUCCCACCGACAGCACAGGACACUUCUGUGGACAAAAGAACACAACCAACAUGAACAAACCCAUCCUGUUCUACUUUAACAUCCUGAAAUGUGCAAGUCCUGCGGUUCUUAUAAACCUGCAAUGUCCAACCACUCAGAUGUGUGUUUCGGAGUGUCCGGACCACUUCGCCACCUACGCGGACGUGCAGCUCCAGUACGCCUUCGACAGGAGUCACUGGGAGUAUUACAGGCAGUUCUGCAAACCGGGCUUCAACAACCCAAAGAAGCCCAUAGCACAUGUCCUGCGUGAUGAAGACUGUCCGUCAGUGAUCGUGCCCAGCAAGCCACUCCUGCAGAGAUGCUUCCCUGAUUUUAUGACCAGGAACGGAACCCUGACGGUCGCAAACAGAACUGCGUUUAAGGACUCGCUGGAUGCUGCACGCAGCGUAACGGAACUCCGAGAUGCAGCCAAUGUUAUAACAGGAAUGCUGGAGGCUAAGCAGCUGGGUAUGAAGAUAGUGGAGGACUACGCCAGUUCCUGGGCCUGGAUUGUAAUAGGACUGGUCAUAGCGAUGGUCAUCAGUCUGAUCUUUAUUCUUCUCCUGCGCUUCACCGCCGGCUUCCUGCUCUGGUUCAUCAUUAUUGCCGUCGUCCUGCUCAUCACCUACGGAAUCUGGCACUGUUACUGGGAGUUUACCCUUUUGGAAGAAGCUCCUGGAUCAAACGUCUCGCUCUCAGAUGUCGGUUUUCAGGCGGAUCUUCACGUUUACCUGAAGCUCAGUCAGACGUGGCUCAUCUUCCUGGUGUCCCUGGUAUUGACUGAAAUAAUCGUAGUUCUGACGCUGAUCGUUCUGAGGAAGCGAGUACGCAUCGCCAUCGGCCUGCUGAAAGAGGGGAGCAGGGCCGUCAGCUACGUCACGUGCGCUUUAUUCUACCCGGUCGUGACCUUCGUUCUGCUGGCUGCGUGCAUCUCGUACUGGGCUGUUACGGCUGUAUUUCUGGCGUCCUCCGGUGAAGCUGUGUACAAAGUUAUGUCGGCACGGCCCAGCUGCAGGUACGCCAACCACACCUGCCAUCCAGAGACCUUUAACAGGACCAACAUCACUCAGAAGUGCCCGGGUGCCCAGUGUCUCUUCGCCUGGUACGGAGGCGAGAGCGUUUACCAUCGCCACGUCUUCCUCCUGCAGCUCUGUAAUCUGCUGGUCUUCCUGUGGUUGGUUAAUUUCACCAUGGCGUUGGGUCAGUGUACGCUCGCCGGGGCCUUCGCCUCGUACUACUGGGCCAGGAGGAAACCUGCCGAUAUCCCAGCAUGCCCUGUUUUCUCAUCCUUUUUCCGGGCUGUACGGUAUCACACGGGGUCUCUCGCUUUCGGGUCGCUGAUCUUAGCCGUCGUACAGGUCAUCAGGAUAAUCCUGGAAUAUCUGGACCACAGACUUAAAGGAUCUCAUAACGUCCUCGCACGGUUCCUGCUCUGCUGCCUGAAAUGCUGUUUUUGGUGCCUGGAGCGCUUCAUCCGCUUCAUGAACAGAAACGCCUACAUCAUGAUUGCGAUCUACGGGAAGAGCUUCUGCACUUCGGCUCGCGAGGCUUUCUUCCUCCUGAUGAGGAACGUAGUGAGAGUCACGGUCGUGGACAGGGUUACGGAUUUGCUGCUCCUCUUGGGGAAACUCCUGGUGACGGGAAGUGUAGGUCUUCUCGCUUUCUUUUUCUUCACACACAGAAUCCCCUUCAUUCAGGAAGAACCUCCAGUCCUGAAUAACUACUGGGUUCCUCUGCUGACGGUGGUGUUCGGGUCCUACCUCAUCGCUCACGGUUUCUUCAGCGUCUAUGCCAUGUGUGUGGAUACCCUCUUCCUGUGUUUCUGUGAGGAUCUGGAGCGGAAUGACGGCACCCCUGCAAAACCGUUCCUCACGUCCGGCGGGUUGCACAGAAUUCUGGGAGGUGUUGAGCGCAGCCCCAAAAGAACACGGACUCAUACAGAAUAGCUUUGCCGUUUCUGGACGAUGGUGCAUGCUUUAGGGUCGUGUACUGUAGCUCGAGCUGCACUUUAACUGUGAGAACCUCCACCAGGGCAGAACGAAGGUGCUACGCUCUCCUGACCUCCUACGAGAAACGUUCAGCCAACGUUUUCUCCUCUUGCUGCCUUAUUCUGAUGCGUCUGGACGUUUAUGGAAUAAAAAAUGGACCAGGACAUGUUUCAGCUUCCCUGACCUCUGCUACAGUCAGUAAUUGUUUGGUUCUGUUCAUUACAGAAUCACACGCUGUGUUUUUAUGCACGGUAGCACAAAGGUCUUACCAAAAUAACCACAAUAACCUUUAUAUUAUUUUAUUUUAAUAUUGUUUUAAUAGUGAACAUUAUUUAACCAGAGUUUGUCUGACGUCCCGUUUCUUAAAAUAGAAGGCUUCUCUCAAGACUUUCAACCAUAUCUGUGGGAAUCUGUGCUUGUUCAGUAUGGAUGGGCACUGAUGUCGGUAGAGAUACCUCAGCUGGAGCUUUUUUUGACUUUUGAUCACUUUUUCCACCUAAAUUGACAUCCUAGUGGAGCAAUUCUUGAGUUAUAUUAUUUGUUUAUAUUAAUAAUGGAACUCUUGGUGUUCAGUUGUUGUUAUCUAUGUUGUUAUCUAUCUAUGUUCACUUUUGUUUGGUUGAAAGCCCAAGUUCUUCCUUUUUUUAUGGCUUUUUAAGCUUAAUGUCACAGUCUCACAGGAGGAUGUUAAAGCCAUUCAAUCCAUUUCUACUAGAAGGUGGAGGUUUUCAGUGCUACAACUUUUAUUGUUGAAUAAAAUCUCAUUUGUAUGAUUGUAAACAGGGAUUUACUGCAUUUGUAUAUUUUGUACUUAAAGAAAAACUUUUGUCAAGGUUUUUUCUAAUAAAAAUGGCAAAAU